AUGCAGCAGAAUGGUGCAAUUCCACCCGGACAGCCAUCUCCAGAUGCACCGUUUGCCCAGUUCUUCCAGCAAAUGAUGCAGCAGCAGCAGAUCUUCAUGCAACAGCAACAGCAGCAGCUAAUGCACCAACAGCAGGAAUUCUUCAGGAACGUUUUGUCGUCGAUACAGGUCCAGGUCCCAUCAAACCCGGAAAUAAUUCUCGAUUCACUGGCGAAUAACAUAAAGGAAUUCCACUACUGCCCGGAAGAAAACAUCACUUUCACUGCCUGGUAUGCUCGUUACGAUGAUCUUUUUGAAAAAGAUGCCGCACGACUAGAUGAUGAAGCAAAAGUUCGUUUGCUUAUGCGGAAAAUGGGAACGGCGGAACAUGAACGAUACAUCAGCUUCAUUCUGCCAAAAGCUCCGAAAGAUUUCCCAUUCACAGCGACAGUCAAAAAACUGAAAUCGCUAUUCGGUGCUGGUGAAUCUGUCAUCAGUAAGCGUUAUCGUUGUCUUCAAAUAGCGAAGCAGCCGUCGGAAGAUUUCGUCACAUAUGCAUGCCGAUUAAACAAAACCUGCGUCGAAUUCGAGCUCAGCAAACUUACAGAGGAGCAGUUUAAGUGUCUUAUGUUUGUAUGCGGGCUUAAGUCGGAGGAAGAUAGUGAGGUGCGUACACGACUCCUUUCCAAGAUCGAGGAGCAUAACGACGUUACCCUGGAGCAUCUUUCGGAAGACUGCCAACGGUUGAUGUGUUUAAAACGGGACACGGCAAUGAUAGAAUCAACACCGACGUCCACAGUUCAGUAUAUCGGUCGGAAACAGCAGUUCUCAAAUCGUCCGGCAAAACCUUCAGUACAUUCUGGCAGCAGUGCCGAAACCAUACCAGCUACGCCUUGUUGGUAUUGCGGCGCAAUGCACUUCGUCAAAGAUUGCAAUUACAAAAGUCACGAAUGCGAAGAGUGCGGUAUCAUCGGGCACCGUGAAGGUUAUUGUUCUAGUGUAAAACAAAAUCGCAAAGCAACACACCGUAAACGCCAGCAGCCAGAGAGGUACGAGACAAAAGCAGUAAAUCUAUCAUUGAAUGCAGCAAACAAUAGGCGCCGGUACGUACAGUCGCAGCUCAACGGUGUGGAAGUGCAGCUUCAGUUGGACACUGGGUCCGACGUCAGUAUUGUUUCAAAACAAACGUGGGAGAGAAUAGGCAGACCACCAACAUCACCUGCUAGGAAAAAAGUAAUGACAGCAACAGGAGAUCCACUGCCGUUCCUGUUCAAAUUUGAGUGUGAUAUCUGCGUUAAUAAUAUUCAUCAGCAAGGACAGUUUUAUGUUGUGAAGCAACCAGUUCAUCUUCUUGGCAAUGAUUUGCUCGAUGCGUUCUCGUUAUGGACAGAACCGAUCAGUGAAUAUUGCAACAAAAUUGUUAGCCAAACACAGCGCACUCAACAGUUCUACUCCAGGAAAAAGAUCACCAGCAGACAUCAUAUCCAGAACCGAUUUGGAAAAGCUUCGUCCACCGUUAAUAAUCGAAAAAGUGACACUGGAGUAAAUCGUCAGUACAGUAGAGGUGAUUAUGUGUACACUAAAAUUUUUAUCAAAAAUCAAUGGCACUGGACAUCAGGCAAAAUUUUGGAACGUGUUGGUCAUGUAAUGUAUAAUGUUUUGGUAAACGAUCGCAAGCUGGUACGGUCUCACAUAAAUCAAAUUCGAGAUUGUAACACACACAUGUCAAAGAAACAUAAGCAGCUACCGCUCAGUAUCCUGCUAGAUGAUUGGAACACCAGCAUUCCCGCUAGUGUCAAUUCGCCAACACAGUCUACACAGUAA